ACUAGCUCCACCCUUCUUAUCAGCGCUCUCUAGCCAGUUCUUGUGUACGUUGGCGAAGUUUACAGUGGUGUAUCUGAACACAGGCGUUAAGAAAAUUGGAGGUAAGCCCACCCGCAUCAACCUUUCAAUUGACCUUGUCAGGCCUUGCUUCUUCUUCCGCUACUCGUAAACGAACGACGAUGAAGCUCCGGUAUGCAAUGGUGUGCUCGUCGAAUCAGAAUCGGAGCAUGGAGGCGCAUUUGCUUCUCAAGAGGGAGGGUUUCGAUGUCUCCUCCUACGGGACUGGGCAGCACGUGAAGCUCCCUGGACCUUCCCUCAGAGAACCCAACGUAUAUGACUUCGGCACUCCUUAUAAGCUCAUGUUCGAUGAACUCCGUCGCAAAGACCAGGAAUUGUACAAGAGAAACGGGAUACUGCCCAUGCUCAAAAGAAAUUUGGGUGUAAAGCUUGCACCUCAACGUUGGCAGGAUAAUGCUGAUGAUGGGCCUUUUGACGUAGUGCUUACUUUCGAAGAGAAGGUGUUCGAUAUGGUGAUUGAAGACCUCCAUAACCGUGAUCAACCUCUCAUGAAGCUUGCUCUAGUAAUCAAUCUAGAAGUAAAAGAUAACCACGAAGAGGCAGCAAUAGGAGGACGUCUUGCUUUAACAUUGUGCCAAGAGAUUGAUGCUGUCGAAAAUUGGGAGGAGACAAUUGAUAGUAUUGUCAACAAUUUUGAGAGAAAGAAUCGUAGGAAGCUUCUCUACAGUAUCACAUUUUACUGACAUCACACCCACGGUGUACAAGUGUUUUGUACACCAUGAUGUUUUGCCAAUCCGAGAAGUAGAUUCUGAUGAUCUCCAGAAAGUCAUGUUUAUCAAUUCGUAGUAGUCUUGGCAAUUUGCCAACUUGGAUUGUCCGAGGAAUCUGGAUAUCUCAAAGUAUUGAAACAUUCCAUUGCAUUUUCUUCAUGUGUGCCUCUUCACCCUGCAGUUUGUGCUAUGGUUAUGCAAUCACUAAGCAAACUAUGCAUUGCAAAAGAUAGGAAAGGACAGAUUCCAUACCAGUCUACCAUGAGAAGGAGAGUAGGUUUGAUCUGCCACAUUUCACUUAUCACUUCCCCUGGAAGAAAAGAUUUUUCAUGCACUCUGCUUUCUGAUUGCCUGCACUAAUUUGGGAUUAAGAGAAUGCUGCUCUUCUACGAACAAAAAAGGCUUCAAUUGAAUUGUUAUAUAUGACUGAUUAUAUCUACACUACUUGUGUUAAUUUACUUGCUAUUUCUUUGAUGAUUGAUAAAUUCAUAUGAGAAAUUUCUGAAAAGAUGGACCCCGAGGGGAUACUUCUCACAUUAUCCUUCCUUUUUGGGAUGGUUUAAGUUGAAGGGAGAGGAAUUCUAGGGGGUUUGGGGGUUAAUGAUCCCGUGGCCUUCUCUUAGUCAGCAUACAGUAAUGCCUCAAAUGGAAGAGUUAGGACAUGCUUACUUCGUCGGUUAUUAAGCGGUGCUUACUAAUACAUGUGUUAGUAAGUGGUGCAUUAAAUAAGCAGUGCUAUAGAUACAUGUUUACUUCACAUGACUUAAGAUUGGGUUUAAAUGGUCUAAUUAAGUGGUUGUUCUCCCGACUUUUGAAAAGUAAUUUAUCUUAUAAAUUAUAUGAAAAGUGUUUAAUAGUAAAAGAUGAUAAUAAUUGAAAUAUGAUUUGAGAAAGAAAAUCUUAGACUUAGAGUGGAGUAGAGUUUCUUUUAUAUAGAAAAAAUCAAAACAUUUAAAGCACCAAUUUCAUUAUUCUAGCUUUUAAAUUUAAAAUAUUUAAUUUAAGUAGUAAUGCAUGUUUGGAAACACUACUUUUAACUGUUUUAAAGUGAAAACCAUUACUUUUUUCAUAACUUUGUG